AUAUUUUCUGUGCGCCAAUGCACUCCAGUCAAUCAACUGAAAAAAAAAGUUCAGCAAUUCAGCACUUUUGACGUGUGAAAGUCUUUGAAGUGUAACCCAGUUAACCACCAGUUAACAGCUAUCUUCAACAACUGAGGUGUUAAGACAUUGUCACAAAUAUAUUUAUCGCGUAACGAAAACAAGAAACCGUUCAUCAUGGAGCUCGAUCUUUGCUAUGCAAAAAAUUCCAAAUCAUUCGGCAAAGUGCCGGUGAAAGACAGCACAACCAUUGCGGACGUGAAAAAGGAAAUUUACAAAUUGAAUGGCAAAUUAAAUACGAAUCGUCAGUCCAUCCGGUUGGAUCCGAAGGGCAGAAGUGUAAAGGACAGUGACACCGUCGGCGCAUUGGGACUGAAAAAUCUGGCCAAAAUUUACGUAAAAGAUUUGGGACCACAAAUCGGAUGGAAAACGGUUUUCUUGGCCGAAUACGCUGGACCAUUAGCGGUUUAUUUAUGGAUCUACCAGCGACCAUGGUUAUUUUACGGUGAAACGUCUGCACCAGUCAGCUUGACCGCUAACAUUGCCGCCAUCUGUUACACUAUCCACUAUGCCAAACGUCUGUUGGAAACGAUAUUCGUCCAUCGAUUCUCUCAUGCAACCAUGCCGUUGAUGAAUUUAUUCAAAAAUUGUUCAUAUUAUUGGGGCUUCACUGCAUACGUGGCCUAUCACGUCAACCAUCCACUAUUCACUUCUCCAUGCAUGACUCAAGUGUACGCUGCACUCGCUGGAUUUGUGUUCUGUGAGCUGGGCAAUUUGUCGAUUCAUUUGAAUUUGCGAAAUCUACGACCACCGGGUACAACAAUUCGACGAAUUCCCAUGCCAGAUUCGAAUCCAUUGACUCAACUGUACCGAUUUGUGUCGUGUCCGAACUAUACGUACGAAUUUGGAGCCUGGUUUUCGUUUGCUGUGAUGACACAAUGCAUACCAGCUCAUUUGUUCGCCGUUGCUGGUUUGGUACAGAUGGCCAUUUGGGCCAAAGGAAAGCAUCGCUUGUACUGCAAAGAAUUCAAAGACUAUCCGAGGGGUCGCAAAGCCAUUCUUCCAUUUUUGCUGUAAGUUCUCACGUUGAGGUAGAAUGAUGGAAACGACAACAUGGUUGUUUGUGGUGGAAUCAGUAAUUUGUUCAGGUUUUUUUUGUGGUGAUUGUGAACUCUUCAAUUCAAUUGUCAUUUUGUUUAAGUUGAAUUCAUUUUUUUUACUUAAAAUUUAGAAGAAUUUUGAUGUUUAGCAAUUGGUAGAAAUACCGAUUUGCGUUGAAAUAAAUGGAACAUCAUCCAAUAUUCAAAAGAAC